CCGACGUUCGCCCUACCCUCAUUGGUGCAGCAGAGUCUUUGUGUGGAUAGGGUUGGCCCCAGCCCCGCUUAGUGAGGGGAGAAAAGUCUUUUAUCGCCUAUCGCUUCGUUCUGGGCAGUGGAUAUGAACGAACGAGCAGAUGCGCGUGCAGGACAAAUGAACCAGAGUUCUUGCGUCUUCUGCUCCUUCGCUCGAAGUUGUCUGAAGACCCACGUCUUGAUGUUGGAUGCAACGCAACCUGAAUUCGUGUCGACACUGUUAUGCCCGCCCUUUUAAUAUCCCGUCAGGGCCAGAACCUCAAGCAUCCUUCACGUGUGCGAAGACCUCCAGGAUCGGCGGCCGUAUUUCUUCGUUGGCGGAAGCAGAAGCGCAAGCUCGCGAUUUUACCUCUGGUUCUGAGGUCGGUGUCUAUGGGGCCUUGCGUCUAUCUCGAUCGACCGCCAUCCGAUCAAGUGGUGUUGGUGUUGCUAUUGUGGAUGUACGCAUGACCUCCAUUCGCCAUGGUCCGUGUCGUGUCUGCUUUUAGGGCGAAGUCAUAGUUCGCCUGCAUCGGUUGGACCUGUCCUACAUCAUCCCACGCUUUUAUGUCAUUGUUCGUCGAAAAGUCAGUCCUUGGGUGUGUUGGUCGUUAGCUUGUAGCGCCCUUGAAUGAUAUCCAUUACAUCAU